GGAAUGCCCGCGCUUCUUGCCGCCCUCUCCGCCCCCCAAGCCCGUGCCCCCAGCGGGUGCGAGCGCUCCUGGCCGCGUCCUGUUGCAGCGCGGGGCUGGGGUCUGCGGGUGCCGGUGCUGGGCGGGCGGCGCGGGGCUGGCGGUCUUCCGCCUCCCGCGGCCUGAGGGUCCCUGGCGGUGCUGGCAGUGGGUGUCCCGUGAGGGGAACCGACCCCCUACCCUGGCGCUGCCCAGGGCCACGGGACUCGGGAGGCGGAGCGGUCUGGAGAGAGCCCGACCUGCCCGCACUGACCGCAGUGAGCCUUUCGCAUUGCGGGGCUCCCUCCACCCCCCACAGUCUGUUCAUCCCUUGAAAGACAGAGCCAGGAGUCUGAUUCGGCCCAGGCUGGGGUUGGAGGAGAGCAAAAGACCUGCCCAAAGCCCCGCAGACCCGGGUGAAAGUAGUUUCCCAGCGUUCUCUUUUGGCUUGUCCAACCAGUGAACGGAAUCUUCUCUUUUCAUUGGUCACUAAAUGCUGCUGUGCACCACACGGCUUUCCAGAAGAGGGAGGGAGCUUCUUGGAUGAGCAUGGACAUUCCACGGGGCAGGAUGAAGGCAAAGUGUGUGACAUCAAAGCAACAAGGGUGCAACGUGAAUUUCUUGGCCUCCUUUCCCAGCCUCUCUGCCUCCUGUAUUCACCAUGGUGUUUGGUGAGUUCUUCCAUCGCCCCGGCCAAGAGGAGGAGCUCGUCCACUUGAAUGUGGGGGGUUUUAAGCAGUCUGUGGACCAGAGCACCCUUCUGCGCUUUCCUCACACGAGACUCGGGAAGCUUCUCAGCUGCCACUCAGAAGAGGCCAUCCUGGAGCUCUGUGAUGACUACAGCGUGGCCGAUAAAGAGUACUAUUUUGAUCGGAACCCCUCCUUGUUCAGAUACGUCUUGAAUUUCUACUACACGGGGAAGCUACAUGUAAUGGAGGAGCUGUGUGUGUUUUCCUUCUGCCAGGAGAUCGAGUACUGGGGCCUCAACGAGCUCUUCAUCGACUCCUGCUGCAGCAGUCGCUACCAGGAGCGCAAGGAAGAGACCCACGACAAAGAGUGGGACCAGAAGAGCAACGAGGUGAGCUCCGACUCCUCCUUCCAAGAGUCUUCUCUGUUUGAGAAGGAGCUGGAGAAGUUUGACAAGCUGCGAUUCGGCCAGCUCCGGAAGAAGAUCUGGAUCCUCAUGGAGAACCCAGCUUCCUGCUUGUCUGCCAAGCUCAUAGCCAUUUCCUCCUUGAGCGUGGUGCUGGCCUCCAUCGUGGCCAUGUGCAUCCACAGCAUGGCAGAGUUUCAGAACGAGGACGGAGAGGUGGAUGACCCCGUGCUGGAAGGGGUGGAGGUGGCGUGCAUCACCUGGUUCACCAGCGAGCUUGCCGUCCGCCUGGUGGCCGCUCCCUGUCAGAAGAAAUUCUGGAAGAACCCUCUGAACAUCAUCGACUUUGUGUCCGUUCUUCCUUUCUACGCCACAUUGGCAGUGGACACCAAGGAGGAGGAUAGCAGUGAGGACAUUGAGAACAUGGGCAAGGUGGUGCAGAUUCUCAGGCUCAUGAGGAUCUUCCGGAUUCUCAAGCUGGCCCGGCACUCGGUGGGACUGCGUUCCUUGGGCGCCACAUUGAGGCACAGCUACCACGAGGUGGGCUUGCUGCUUCUCUUCUUGUCUGUGGGCAUCUCCAUCUUUUCUGUGCUCAUCUACUCAGUGGAGAAAGAUGAUGAUGCGUCCAGCCUGACCAGCAUCCCCAUCUGCUGGUGGUGGGCCACCAUCAGCAUGACGACUGUGGGCUACGGAGACACCCACCCCAUCACCUUGGUUGGGAAGCUUAUCGCCAGCACGUGCAUCAUCUGUGGCAUCUUGGUGGUGGCUCUUCCUAUCACCAUCAUCUUCAACAAGUUUUCCAAAUACUAUCAGAAGCAAAAGGACAUGGACGUGGACCAGUGCAGUGAGGACACAGCAGAGAAAUGCCAGGAGCUACCUUACUUGAACAUUCGGGAUCUCUAUGCACAGAGGAUGCAGGCUUUCCUCACCAGUCUGUCUUCCAUGGGAAUCGUGGUGAAUGAUCCGGAUUCCACAGACGCCUCAAGCAUUGAGGACAACGAGGAAGUUUAUAACAUGGCGUCCUUGGAGAACUGCACACGCACAUGAGCAGAGACAUAUGUGCCUGUGCCUGUACCUUGGGCCCCUUCCCCAUGUUAGGUUCACACAGCUUUAUUUUAAAACAAACACACGGAAAACAACACCUCAGUGGGUUCCUUCAAACAAAUCAUUUACUUCUCAGGGUGUACCUUUCAGCCAUAGUUGGACAUUCAUCGCUCCCAAAUGAUAGAAUCGCCUUUAUUUUUCUCAGUGCGGUGAAUUAAAUGCCUUGCUCUGAAAUUUAUUUUUUACAAGAGAGACUUGUGAUAUGAUUUUGAAAAAAAAAAUACAUCUAUCUAUAUAAAAGUAAAUAGGAUCGGGUAGAGUUUCUUGCUAAUGGCUUCUGUACCAUUUUGUUUGUCAUUUACUCACAUUGAGCUAGUUGUAUUCUAGUACUGGCAAGUCAAAUCAAAGGCCCGGCUGACUGAAGACUACAUGCAUGUAAGAUCCACAAAAUGAGAUGAUGCAUGUGAAUCCAUGUUCACGCUCUAGACAUGGACAUUAGGAGCCUAAUAAAUUGCCUACUUCAGUAAGGAA